ACCAUAUGGACUUAUAUGGCAGACCAAUAUUAUUUUUCUUCAAUAAUGUUACCACGUACUUCUCUCAAAAUUCAUUCAUCACUAUUUAAUUAAGAGUUUUAGACUCUUAUCAAAAUAACUGAUAUAUCACUUUUUCAACAUGGAGAUGGAAAUACCAUCUUUCCCAGUCCUUUUCUUCUCCAUCGUUGUGUUUAUGGUGAUGAAAAUGCUCUUGAAAAAUAGUCAAAACAGCAGCUCAGCUUCUAAACUCCCCCCAGGACCAUGGAAACUACCCAUUGUGGGAAACAUUCACCAGCUCAUUGGCCCUUUAAUCCAUCAAACACUCGGAGAUUUAGCCAUGAAACAUGGACCAUUGAUGUACUUAAGAGUAGGGGAAGUUCCAACCAUAGUAAUCUCAUCACCAGAAUAUGCCAAAGAGGUGAUGAGAGUCCAUGAUAUCACAUUUGCAUCAAGACCCUCCAAUCUUUUUGCUCGGAUCAUCUUCCAUGACUGUACAGACCUGGCUUUUGCUCCUUAUGGUGAGUAUUGGAGGCAGCUCCGGAAGAUUUUCAUGCAGGAGCUUUUGAGUGCAGCAAGAGUUCAGUCCUUCAAACCCAUUAGAGAAGAAGAGAUGUUCAACUUUAUAGAGUCGAUUUCAUCGAAUCUUGGUGAUGUUAUCAAUCUCAAUGAGAGGCUCAACAUGUUGAUGUAUAACAUCAUUUCACGUGCAGCAUGUGGAAGGACAAGGAGUCACAACGAAGAGUUCUUGUCAGUAUUGAUGGAAACUACUGAGGUAUCAAUAGGUUUUGAACUUGCUGAUCUGUUUCCUUCUGUUAAAUUAUUUUCCCAGAUGAGUCGUUCGAGGCCUAAACUCGAGAGGCUUACACAAAGGGCAGCGAGAAUAUUUGAAGACAUUAUCCAUGAGCACAAGCAGAAAAUGCCAAUAGACAGAAAUGGUGAUGGUGAAACAGAUGAAGACUUGGUUGAUGUUCUUCUGAAGUUUCAUGACAAAGAUGACCUUGGAUUUUCCUUGACAAGUCAGAAUAUCUAUGCAAUAAUCUUUGACAUAUUUGGUGCUGGGAUUGAGACAACAGCAACAUCUGUAGAAUGGGCUAUGUCAGAAAUGAUGAAGAAUCCAAGAACAAUGAAAAAGGCACAAGAUGAGGUUAGAGAAGUCUUCAACAAAAGAGGAUUAGUUGAUGAGACAGGACUUGCUGAGAUGAAUUACUUAAAAUCAGUUGUUAAAGAGUCUAUGAGAUUACAUCCUAUUUUUCCAUUGUUAUUGCCCAGAGAAAGUCAAGAGAAGUGUGAGAUUAAUGGUUAUGAGAUCCCUGCAAAAACCCAGACCAUAGUUAAUUCAUGGGUAAUUGGAAGAGAUCCUAGAUAUUGGAGUGAACCUGAGAGUUUUAAACCAGAGAGGUUCUUAGAUAGUUCUAUUGACUCCAAAGGUAACAACUUUGACUAUCUCCCAUUUGGUGGUGGAAGGAGAAUAUGUGCUGGUAUGUCUUUUGGUCUCCACAAUGUUGAGCUUUCUCUGGCAUUGUUGCUAUACCAUUAUGAUUGGAUACUCCCCAAUGGAAUGAAACAUGAAGAUUUGGACAUGACUGAGUCGUUUGGUGCAACCCUUAAAAGAAAAAAUGCUCUAAACUUGUUUCCUAUUGCUUGUGAUCAUCUGUCACCUACUGGAAAAUCACAAGAAAAGAUGAACUAAAAAGUGCUUCCCUUUUCAAUAAUGAUAUAGUACAUGUGUGUUCCAUGUACAAGGAUAUAUAGUUAUAUAUUCUUAAUAAGUUGCUCUUAUAUCUAGAGCCUUUGUGGGUGUUUAUGUGAAACCUGUUUUUUUUUUUUUGGUUAAAAUUGUUUAUAGUUCUUUGUAAUAUUUUUUGGGGCUAGAAAUGGAUAAUUCUCCCAAACAAUCAUAUUGUUUGGUCUUACCCUAA